CCAACACGACGACGCGGCCCGAGUAGUUAUGGUCAGUUAUGGAGAAUAACCAGGAAACUCAUCCCGAAAGGGGUGGUGAAUUGGUUUCUGAUAAAAUAAAUUUUAAAGUAGAAGAGGAAGAUGGUGUUCGCAUCCCUAAGCACAGUUUGGAAGGACUGGCGUUUAAGAGUGGGCAGGGCAGGCCCGCGGCGGAGGCAGGUGGGGAGCAGGCAGAGGCGAGGGAGGCGGGCGGGGGCUGCGAGCCCCCCGGGCAGCGCGUCCCUGCCGACCAGGAGGAGGAGUACGGGGCCCUGUUCUCCCAGUACAGCAGCACGCUGUACGACGUGGCCAUGGAGGCCGUGACGCAGAGCCUCCUCUCGGGCCGGGGCGCGGGCUCCAGGAAGAAGUCGCCGGCCUGGAAGCAUUUCUUCAUCUCCCCGCGGGACAGCACGAAGGCCAUCUGCACGUACUGCAUGAAGGAGUUCAGCCGAGGGAAGAACGAGAAGGACCUGAGCACCAGCUGCCUCAUGAGGCACGUGAGGAGGGCGCACCCCACCGUGCUGGGCCAGGAGAACGGCGGCGGGCCGGCCCUGCCCUCCCUGUCGCCCCCGCCCCUGCGGCUGCCGCCACAGCCCGCCGACGCGGGGGACCUGGGUGCCGCGCUCUCGCCCCUCAAGCUCGCCCCAAAGCUGGCGUCCAAGGUCCCGUCCCCCGACGACGUGACGGAGGAGCCUGUGGUCCCCCCCGACGACGUCCCCCCCGACACAUCUGCCCCCGACAGGUACGGGCGGGAGGAGGCCCUGGGGGCGCCGCCGCACCUGCCCCCGCUGCCGGGCGAGGAGCGUGCGGAGAACGGGCUGGAGAGAAACCCCGCGCUCCCCAAGGGCACGUCCGGGUCCCGCAGGCGGUCGGCUGUGUGGAAGCACUUCUACCUGUCGCCGCUGGACAACUCCAAGGCCGUGUGCGUCCACUGCAUGAACGAGUUCAGCCGGGGCAAGAACGGGAAGGACCUGGGCACCAGCUGCCUCAUCAGGCACAUGUGGCGGGCGCACCGCUCCAUCGUGCUGCAGGAGAACGGCGGGGGCUCGGGCAUCCCGCCCCCGUACGCCGCGCCCCCCACGCUGCUGCCCGCCCUGCCGCCUCCCGAUGGAGACCCGAGCUCCGUGGCGUCCUCGCCCGGGAAGCCGGCCCGGGCGUCCCCCUCGGCGUCCUCCUCGCCCGACCGGCUGCCCGAGGAGCUGCAGGUGCGUCUGAGCGCCGGAGACGCGCUGGUGGGGGACACGGCGCCGUCCUCGGACGACGCGGGCGAGGCCUCGCUGGCAUCCUCCCCCGAGAAGCCCCAGGCUGGCGGCCUGAGCCCCGGCCUGCUGGACUGUGGCGCUGGGUCCCAGCAGAACAGGAAGGUGAUGAAGAGGCUCAAGUCGGAGGUGUGGCAGCACUUCUCGCUGGCCCCCACGGACAGCCUCAAGGCCGUGUGCAGACACUGCGCCUGCGUCAUCAGCCGGGGCCGCAGGGGCGACGUGGGCACCAGCUGUCUGAUGCGGCACCUGUACCGCCGGCACGCGGACGUGGUGGGCGCCCCGAAGGGCGCGCUGGGCGCCAGCCUGGCCAACUCUCCCUACGCCACGCUGGCCUCCGCGGAAGGCGCCUCCGCCAGAUUGACUGACCUGCCCACCGUGGUCCCGAGAAACAACCCGGUCCUCCUUCCCGUGAGCAGCAAGAAGACCUCCAAGCUGUGGAACCACUUCUCCAUCUGCUCCGCGGACCCCACGAAGGUCGUGUGCCUGCACUGCGGCCGCACCAUCAGCCGGGGCAAGAAGCCCACCAACCUGGGCACCAGCUGCCUCCUGCGCCACCUGCAGCGGUUCCACAGUGGCGUGCUCAAGGCCGACGCGCCCCGGGCCGCGCGGGCUUCCUCGCCCAGCCCACGGGGAGCCCUGAGCGCCCACCUGCCAGGAGCCGCCUCCUUCGAAGACCCCAAUGAGAAGUUCUACGAUUCUCAUCCCGUUGCCAAAAAAAUCACGAGUCUCAUAGCUGAGAUGAUCGCACUUGACCUCCAGCCAUACUCCUUCGUCGACAACGUCGGCUUUCACAGGCUGCUCGGACACUUGAAACCUCAGUACUCCGUGCCCUCCCCGUCCUACUUCUCGGGGACGGCCAUCCCAGGGAUGUACAAUAAUGUGAAGCAGAUAGUCCUGUCGCAGCUGAAGGAGGCGGAGAGCGGCGUGGUCCACUUCACGUCCGGGAUCUGGAUGAGCGCCCAGGCCCGCGAGUACCUGACGCUCACCGCCCACUGGGUCACCUUCGCGUCGUCGGCCCGGCCGUACCGUGAGGACCACCACGGCUCGGCCCUGCUGGACGUGUCGCAGGUGGACUGCGACUACAGCGGCGGCAGCAUCCGGAAGCAGCUGGAGGGCUGGUGGGAGGCCUGGGUGACGUCCACCGGCCUGCAGGUGGGCAUCACGGUCACCGACAGCCCGAGCAUCGGGAAGACGCUGAGCGAGGGGGCGCGGGCCAGCGUGCAGUGCUUCAGUCACACGGUCAGCCUGGUGGUCAGCGAGGCCCUCAAGAGCCAGCGCAUGGUGCAGAGCCUGCUGAGCGCCGCGCGGAAGCUGUGUGAGCGGGUGCAGCGCUCGCCCCGGGCCAAGGAGAAGCUGGCGGAGCUGCAGAGGGCGUACGGGCUGCCGCCGCACCACCUGCUGCAGGACGUCCCGUCCAAGUGGAGCACGUCCUUCCACAUGCUGGAGCGGCUCGUGGAGCAGAAGCGGGCGGUCAGCGAGGUGUCGGUCGAGUGCGGCUUCCGGGAGCUCAUCAGCUGCGACCAGUGGGAGGUGAUGCGGUCCGUGUGCCGCGCGCUGAAGCCCUUCGACGCGGCCAGCCGGGAGAUGAGCGCGCACGCGUCCACGCUCAGCCAGGUCAUCCCCAUGAUUCACAUCCUGAACCGCAAGAUCGAGAUGCUCUUCGAGGAGACCAUGGGCAUCGACACCAUGCUCAAGUCCCUGAAGGAGGCCAUGGUGAGCCGGCUGGCCGCCACCCUGCGCGACCCGAGGUACAUCUUGGCCACGCUGCUGGACCCGCGCUACAAGGCCUCCCUGUUCUCGGAAGAGGAGGCGGAGCAGUACACGCGGGACCUGAUCCGGGAGCUGGAGGCGCUGAACCCUACCUCAGAUAACACGCCCGUCCCCAACGGCUGCGACGCGGGCGCCGCCUCGCAGGGCGCGGCCGGGGAGGAGAACCUGUGGUCCCUCAUGGCCAAGAUGACAAAGAAGGGCCCCCGCGAGAAGACGAAGGUGCCCGAGGACAUGGUGCUGGCCUACCUGGAGGAGGAGGUCCUGGAGCACGGCUGCGACCCCCUCACCUACUGGAACCUGAAGAAGGCGGCCUGGCCGGGCCUGGCCGCGUUGGCCGUGCGGUUCCUGGGCUGCCCGCCGAGCAUCGUCCCUUCCGAACGGCUGUUCAACACACCCACCGAGAACGCCAGCUUCAGCCAGUCCAGGCUCACGAUGGAACAUUUUGAAAAACUCAUCUUUCUGAAAGUGAAUCUUCCCUUGAUAUACUUCCAGUAUUGAAGCUCGCAGUGGAGCCGUCGCUGCCCGGGCGCCCACUGUCUGUCCCGGGGAGGCGGCGGGCCCCGCCCACCCCGUCCAGCGUCACUGUAAUGCCUACGUGUGCCUUACUCCCGGUGCCGCAGCCGGGCGUCGCCGCGG